GGCGAAUCACCUGGACCUCUUUGAUGUGCCUCACGCUCAUUUCCUGGCAUCUGCGGAAUAUCCUCGGUCACCGCGCUGCCUCCGCUCUUUUCCACGCACCUCCGGCUUGGGGCGGUAGAAUCAAUUCAUACAACGACCGGUCGCUCUGGGCCGGCGUCCGUCUGGGAUCCGCUUCCCGAAAGGGGUGGUCAGAAGGUUUAUUUUCCAGUCUGUGGCAGAUUGUCAUGUGUCCGCCACGACUGCCGUAAUCGAGGGAAAGCCCGAAAUGUCUCCGCGCGGUCAUACAAAUACACGAAUGUUUGCGUGCGACGAAUUCGACUGACGGUCAUGUCUUCAAUCCACCGCGAGCCCGCCCCGAUCGACGAGAAGGUUGAAGAGCCGCACGGCGGGGCUCACCUCGAGGACGCGGAGAUCCUGGAUGCCGCAAACACCGACCUGGCUGUGGCGCUGGCCACGGGCCCGCAGCUGAAUCCGCUCGGCUUGCGCUCGAUCCAGCUCUAUUUCAUCCUCCUCGUCGCGUUCAUGGGCAGUCUCGCCAAUGGAUUCGAUGGCUCAGUCAUGUCAGCUGUCAAUGGGAUGCAACAGUACCUGGAUUAUUUCAAGAUCACUGGCAAGGAUGCCGGCGGAGGUGUUGGGUCGACCACCGCACUUAUCUUCGGAAUCUACAGCAUCGGAAGUAUUGUUGCAGUCCCCGUUGCCGGCCCUGUCACCGACUACUUCGGACGCCGGGGAGGAAUGUUCAUUGGCGGCGCUAUCAUCAUCGUCGGCUCCUUGACUGCAACCACCGCGAAGGAUGUCAGCGCUCUGCUUGGCGGGAGAUUUGUCCUGGGUCUGGGUGUUGGUAUCGUUCAGACCGCGUCUCCAUCAUAUGUCGUUGAAAUGGCACCACCCCAGUGGCGUGGGCGAUUGACUGGCCUUUUCAACACCUUCUACUACGCCGGUUCGAUUCUCUGCAGCGGCAUCACGAUUGCCACGGGACGUCUCCAAAGCACCCGAUCUUGGAGAGCCCCGCUCGCCAUCCAGAUCGUCGCAGCUGGCAUCCUCGCUGUUUUCGCUCUCUUCCUCCCCGAAUCGCCCCGAUGGCUUCUCGCUGUCGGCCGAAAGGACGAUGCGCUGGCUGUGCUUGCCCGUUACCACGGCAACGACGACCCCAACUCGCCCCUGGUCCAGCUGGAGAUGCGGGAAUUCGAGAAAGAGUUGUUCAACACCCCGAAUGCCCGCUACCGCACCUUCAUGAUGACGCUCAUGGCAUUCUUCGGACAGUGGUCCGGAAACGGUCUCGGAUAUUUCCUCACGAUCCUCUUUGCUAACGCUGGUGUGAAGACGCAAAAUGAGCGUUUGACUCUGAAUUUCGUCAACACCCUGGUUUCCGCUGCUGGAGCGGUCAUCGCCACAACUUUGGUUGACAAAGUCGGUCGUCGAAAGAUGUGGUUCUGGGGCACUCUCGUCAGCGCCUGCACAUUGAUGGUCGUCACGGGUUGCACAGCCAAGUGGGGCAGCGCGGGAAGUAAUCCCGCCGGUGCCAAUGCCGCUAUUGCCUUCAUCUUCUUGUUCGGCUUUUUCUACAGUCUCGCGUAUACGCCACUGCAAGCACUAUAUCCCGCCGAAGUGCUCCAGACAAAUACUCGCGCCAAGGGAAUGGCCCUAUAUGCUCUGUUUGUCAGCUGCGCGUCUUUCGUCAACACCUACGCUGGACCCAUCGCCUUGAAUAACAUCGGAUGGAAAUACUACAUCGUCUACAUUGCAUGGGAUCUCUUCGAGUGUGUCGUCAUCUACUUCUGUGUCGUCGAGACCAAGGGCCGGACGCUGGAAGAGCUCGACGAGAUCUUUGAGGACCCGCACCCCGUACGAGCCUCUCUGCGCCACCGCAAGGUCGCUGUUGUCAAGGACGAGAAGGGCCAGACGGUUGCAGUUGAAGAUGCUUGAAUCUGCUUUCACGUUCAUGAUUUUAUAACGAGAUAUACUUGACUUGAUAAUCUACGAAAUGCGAUAAGAUAAGACACGAUGUCGGAUGUGAAAGGAC